AUGGCCGGUAUUCAAGGACAACUCGACCGCGGCGCCGUACCCAACCACAUCUUAAAUGUCUGUCCGAAAGGAACCAAGUUUCAUGUCCUCGAGGUCGGCUGGUUGGAAUGUGAUGAAGCAUUCGUGACACGUGGUGGAAACGUGAGCUUGAAGAGUACGGAGAACAAGUCCUUCGUGAACAAGCGCAGAGAGUUGCCCAUGUAUUGCAUCUUGGUCGAGCAUCCUCAUGAAGGCCUGAUUUUGUGGGAAACCGGCUGUGGGAAGGACUAUCCAGAGAUCUGGGGCCCUGUUCUUUCAGAUAUCUUUGCUCGCGUGCGUUAUGAGCCUAGGCACGAGUUGAAAGCAGCGGUCGAGGCGACUGGAAACAAGUUGGAAGAUAUCAAGAAGAUUAUUAUUGGUCAUCUUCAUCUCGAUCAUGCGGGCGGAUUGGACAUGUUUCUAGAUCGGAAAGACGUCGAGAUUUGGGUCCACGAUCGAGAAUUGAGAGCUGCUUUCUGGUCUGUUGCAACUGGGGCAGAUGUGGGUGUGUAUCUGGAGCAUUAUCUCAAAUUGAGCUUGCUAACAUUGAACGGUAACUGGAAAACCUUCGAUGACCAAACAUUCGAUUUCUGCCAAGGCAUAACUCUGCAUCACCUGCCCGGCCACACCGACGGAUUGAUCGGGAUGCAAAUCAACAUGCCCGAUAGUGGUACAUUCCUUUUCAUAAGUGACCACUGCCACGUCAUUGAAAAUUGGCGUGAUGGUAUUCCACAAGGCUGGCUUGCAAGAGAUCAUCCAGCAUGGUUCCGAAGCACCCAACGAUUGAAGCAAUUGGAGAGGACCACUAGAGGUCAAGUGAUUCCCGGCCAUGAUAAGGAAACAUUUGAGAAGUUGAUUGCCAAUGGCAGUACCUACACCUGA